GUUUUCCAGGAAACGAAAGCGAAAGAAGCGAAGUUCACUUCCCAGAGUCGGGGCGGCCCCAGCAGUCCCCGAGAACGAGCGGAGCCGGGAUGGCUGCGUCUCGCUCCUUCCCGCUGCUGGUGGAGGGGUCCUGGGGCCCCGAUCCCCCGAAGAACCUGAGCACCAAGUUGCAGAUGUACUUCCAGAGUCGGAAGAGAUCGGGUGGCGGGGAGUGCGAGGUCCGCCAGCAGCCCGGGAGCCCGCCACGCUUCCUGGUGCUCUUCUUCCCGGAGGACGUUCGGCAAGCUGUUCUGGAGAGAAAGGAUCAUGAGUUAGUAUUGCCAGGAAAAGGAACAUUCAAGUUAACUGUCCGGUUACCCACAGCUUCAGAGGAAGCCCCAGUCUAUGAGGGGAAAAUUUCAACAAAGGAAUCUAAGAGCAAAGAAGAUGUCAAAGAACCAGAUGUGUCAGAAGAACUGGAUACAAAGUUGUCUUUCAAUAGUGCAUUAGAAAAAAUAAAAGUUAUCCCCAAAGAAUGUGAAAACAUUUCCUCUUUGGUGGCAUUUGAAAAUCUCCCAGCAAAUGUGACUGACAUGAUGUUAAUCUUAUUAGUGGAGAACAUAAGUGACUUGACCAGUGAUGAUUUUCAGGUGGAAAUAAUACGCGAUUUGGACAUCGCUGUGGUUACCUUUAAAAGACACAUAGAUGCCAUGACAUUUGUUGGUGAUUGUACCAGGCACCAUACAAUUCAACAACUUCGGCUCUCUCCAAGACUUCUGGAAGCAACAAAAACAAUCAGGGUUGAAAACUUACCGCCUGGUAUUGAUGACUACCAGUUACAACUUUUCUUUGAAAAUCCUCGUAAUGGAGGGGGAAGCAUUGCCCAUGUUGAAUGUUUUCCUGAAGAGAGUGCAGCUCUGAUUGAAUUCUGUGACAGAGAAGUGUUAGACACCAUCGUGGCCAAGAAACAUAACUUCAAUAAGAUGCCGCUGUUUGUCUUUCCCUACUAUACCUCUUUGGGCACAGCAUUGUAUGGAAAGGAGAAGCCUCUGAUUAAACUUCCAGCACCAUUCCAAGAGUCACUGGAUCUUCCCUUAUGGAAGUUCUUUCAGAAAAAUAAUCACUUAAUUGAAGAUAUAAAUAAUGAAAUGAGACGUUGUCACUGUGAGCUAACGUGGUCCCACGUCAACAGUAAAGUUACUAUCAGACCUGCAGCCACUUUAGUCAAUCAAAGAAGACACAGAAUCAAGGCCUGGCAGGAAGACGCUUCCACAGCACUCUCCGGCAUCAGGUCUAAAUAUGAAUUUACCUCAUUUAAAGUGGAUCCAGUAGUGUGGGACAUCAUAAAAAAUGACUUAGAAGAAGAUAAGAUUUUUAUUGAAUUUGAUUCACUUAAGGAGACUGCAACCUUGGCAGGAAAAUCAGAAGAUGUCCAAAGCAUUGACCUGAAAAUCAAGGAAUUAAUAGAAAGCACCACUGAGAAAAUUAGAAAGGAAGAGCAAAGUCUAAAGGAAAAAAUGACCAUUUCUCCAGAAAGGAAUUUUCUUUUGGAACACAGUGGUGUCCUGCAGCGUCUACGCAUGGAGUGUGGAGAGAUGGAGAUCUGUUAUGAUGCAGCCACUCAGAAACUAUUCUUGAAGGGGCCUUGUGCAGAUGUGUAUAAAGUCAAGUGUGAAAUCCAGGAAAAGGUGUUCAGCAUGACCCAAAAAAACAUUCAGGUCUCUCCUGAGGUCUUUCAGUUUUUGCAGCAGGUAGAUUGUGAAGAAUUUUCUAAAUCUCUUUUUAUAGUACAGAAUAUUCUUGCAGUUUUCAAGUUAGAGGGUACAACUGUCCUCUUAACCAGUUUUACUUUGGCAGUCCUGGUAGAAGCUGAAAAACAAAUGCUCCGUACCUUAAAUUAUAAGCACAUUCAGGUUGAGGACAAAGAAGUUCUUAAUGGCAAGAAGUGGAAAGGGAUAGUUCAAAGUUUACAAAAGAAACAUAGCUCCUCUGUAAGUAUUGUGGUCGUCAAUGAGUUAACUUCAGGAACUCCAGCUGAGGUCAUCAUUGCAGGCUGUGUGAGAGAAGUAAAUGAAAUCCAUAGCUUGCUUUUUGAUUUCCUGGAAAAACAUGUGAAAAUAGAGAGAUUAGUUCAAGUAGAGCCAUCCUUGGUUAGAGCCUAUUUAAAGGCAGAAAAGCAAUUAUUUUGGUCAAAGAUAAAGAAGGUAAAUGUGCAGGUAGUUUUCAAACAUGAGAACAAACAAAAAGGCAUUUUAUUAAUUGGCUCCAAGAAGGACGUACUGGAGGGCAUGGACAUUGUCAAGCAAGUCCGGGAUUUGGUCUGCAUUAAAAACGUCUGUAUUGAUAAGCCAGGGGCCAGGCAGUUCUUUCAGGAGAAAGUGAGGUAUUACAAAGGAGAGGUCAGACGGAUGUUUGGUUGUUUCAUUGAACUCCAAGAAGAAGAAGAACAGAAGGUGGUACGCAUCCCUGAUGGGCAGAAGUGCUUGUCUCAGAGGGAUGUGGUCCCUGGAGUUAGACUGAUUGUGCUACAGGGUGACUUGGCUCAGUUUCCUGUUGAUGUGGUGGUGAAUGCAGCAAACGAGGACCUCAAGCAUUCCGGAGGCCUUGCUGCUGCUCUCUUAAAAGCCGCAGGCCCUGAGCUGCAAACUGCUUGUAACCACAUAGUGAAGACAGAAGGCAGACUCCUACCUGGCAAUGUUGCAAUCUCAACAGCAGGAAAGCUCCCUUGCCGCCAGGUAAUCCAUGCAGUGGGGCCCCACUGGAAGCAGGAUGACGCUCCAUGGUGUGUGCAUCUGCUAAGGAAAGCUGUAGAAAACAGUCUCCUUUUAGCUGAGGAAUACAAGUACCAAUCCAUAGCCUUCCCAGCUAUUAGUUCUGGAAUCUUUGGCUUUCCCUUACAACGGUGUGUGGAGACCAUUGUUCGAGCCAUCAAAGAAAACAUCCAAUAUAAGCCAGAUGGGCGCACCUUGAAAGAGAUUUACCUUAUGGAUGUGUCUGAGAAGACUACUGAGGCCUUUGUCGAAGCCAUGAAAACUGUAUUUAAAGACCCCCCACUUGGUACAGUUUCCCUGCCAGAUAAAGCUUCCUUGCUCAGUGCACUAGCAGCAGUCCAGCCUGUUAAAUUAUCAGAGAACCAGCUAUGUCUGAUAUCCCCGGAGGGCCUAAAGAUCCGGUUGAAGAGAGAAGGUGUGCAGAAAGCUAAGACCGACGUUAUUGUCAACUCCGUUCCCUUGAAUCUUGGGCUCAAUGCAGGGCCCCUUUCACAGGCCCUCUUAAAAGAAGCUGGGCCGAAACUCCAGGAGGAAUUGAAUGCAGUUGGACAAGGAGUAAGUGUCAAUGUGGGCACAGUUCUCCAAACCAGUGGUUGCAAUCUGCACUGCUACCAUGUGCUUCACGUGGUGGCUCCGCACUGGGAAGAUGGCAGCACAUCUUCACGAAAGAUCAUGGAAUACAUCAUCAGAGAGUGUUUGACGAUCACUGAGAAAUUGUCCUUAAAAUCAAUUGCAUUUCCAGCAAUAGGAACAGGAAAUUUGGGAUUUCCUAAAAAAAUAUUUGCUGAACUGAUCACUUCAGAAGUACUCAAAUUUAGUAGCAAAAAUCAACUGAAAAAACUACAAAAAGUUUAUUUUAUGCUGCACCCAAGUGAUCAUGAAAAUAUUCAGGCAUUUUCAGAUGAAUUUGCCAGAAGGAAAAAUGGAAAUCUUAGUGACAAAAUCCCCAAGGCUGAAGAUACAAAAGGUUUCUAUGGGACUAUCUCCAGCCCUGAUUUAGGAGUGCAUGAAAUGCAGAUUGGCCCCAUCCUCUUCCAGGUGGCCUCUGGAGAUAUCACCAAAGAGGCAGCAGAUGUGAUUGUAAAUUCAACAUCAAAUACGUUUAAUCUCAAAGCAGGUGUCUCCAAAGCAAUUCUAGAAUGUGCAGGACAAAAUGUGGAGGCGGAAUGUUCUCGCAUGGCUCAACAAGGCAAAAACGAGUAUAUAAUUACAGAAGGUGGAUUACUGAGGUGCAAGAAUAUCAUCCAUGUUGUUGGUGGAAAUGAUAUCAAGAAGUCAGUUACCUAUGUUUUGCAAGAGUGUGAGAAACGGAAUUACUCAUCCAUUUGCCUCCCAGCCAUUGGGACAGGACAAGCCCAACAAAACCCAGAUACGGCUGCUGAAGGCACAAUGGAUGCCAUUGAAGACUUCGUCCAGAAAGGAUCCGUCCAGUCUGUGAAAAAAGUGAAAGUUGUUAUCCUUCUGCCCCAGAUCCUGGAUGUGUUUUAUGCCACCAUGAAAAAAAGAGAAGGAUCUCAGGCUGCCCCUCAGCAGUCUGUGAUGUCUAAAUUUGCCUCAUUUUUGGGCUUUUCAAAGCAAUCUCCCAAAAAACGGAAUCCCUUGGUUUUGGAAAAGAAAACAGAAUUGGUAGUUUUCCAGGUGUGUGGUGAAAACAUAAACAAUGUGGACAAAACUAUCUCCUGGCUACAAGAACUGAUUAAAAAGGAGCAGUGUUCUUACACCAGUGAAGAUGAGUGUAUCAAAGACUUUGAUGAAAAGGAGUACCAGAAACUGAAUGAGCUACAGAAGACUUUAAAUAUUACCAUUUCCCUGAACCAGAAGAGACCUUUAAUUGAGGUUUUGGGAAUUAGCAGAGAUGUGCUACAGGCUCGAAAUGAAAUUGAGGAAAUGAUCAAGAGCAUUCGAUUGGCCAAAGAAAAGGAAACCCGGGCAGAUUGCAUCAGUGAAUUUAUAGAAUGGCAAUAUGAUGACAAUAACGUUUUUGUUCCUUUUGACAAAAUGACCAGUCUGAAAUUGGAGGAUGCAAGAAGAGCAAAGAUUAAGAACGUUGUUGUCAAAAUUAAUAAUCAGAACUAUACAGUGAAUCUGAACACAUACAUUGCCACAGGUCCACAUGGACACAGUGUAACUAUUCAGCGCCUCACAAAAUCUGAAGUUGAAAUCCCUGAGUACUGGAGUGACAUGAAGCAGCAGAAUUGGUGUGCGGUGGAGCUGCAGCCAAGUGAUCCAGAAUACACUACUGUGGCAAGCAAGUUUAACCAGACCUGCUCACAGUUUGUCAUAGAGAAGAUUGAAAGGAUCCAGAAUCCAGAUCUCUGGAAUAGCUACCAGGCAAAGAAAAAAACCAUGGAUGGCAAGAAUGGCCAGGUACAAAAUGAGAGGCUACUCUUCCACGGAACAGAUGGUGGCUCUGUGCUAUAUGUCAAUGGAAAUGGCUUCAACCGAAGUUAUGCUGGAAAGAAUGCUGUAGCAUAUGGAAAGGGAACCUAUUUUGCUGUUAAUGCCAGUUAUUCUGCCAAUAACACUUACUCCAGACCAGAUGUAAAUGGGAAAAAGCAUAUGUAUUAUGUGCGAGUACUUACUGGAAUCUAUACCCGCGGACACAGUUCAUUAAUUGUGCCUCCUUCAAAGAAUACGCAAAAUCCGACGGACCUGUACGACUCUGUCACGGAUAAUGAACAAAGUCCAAGUAUAUUUGUAGUAUUUUAUGACUAUCAGGCAUACCCAGAGUACCUCAUAACUUUUAGAUGACAUUUUGGGUUCUUUCUCAAAAGCCAUUGUUCAUUUAUACCUAUCUAGUUGUAAAAACAAGUAUCUGAUUUUUAAAAACCUCUUAACAGCUUUUUCCAAGAUUAAAAUAUCCUGAAAACUUCUUAGCUUCUCUUUCAUGAUGGAGAUGAAUUAUGUCGAGAGCAAAUAAACUUGAGAAUUUGGGUGGACAACUGUGUGUCCACAGGUAUGGACAUCAAAUCCAUGGGAAAGGAACAGGUUUAUAUAUUCAAGAAGGAGAGACUUAUAGUCUCACAGACAGUAGACAUAACCAUACAAUUCCAGCUGCCACUAGCAGGAGGACACAGCUGGAAUCAUGUCAGGAUGCUACAGUGCUCUAGGAAGUAUGGUGUGACUAAGUGCUGGGGCUGCUGUCUUCCUUGGGGGCCGGCAUGAUGUCUUAUUCAUGUUUUUGUCCUUGGAGUGUGGUCUCUAUCUGAGGUGUAAUGGAUGGUCCAUAAGUGUUUGAUAAACCAAUUUGGAAUGAAAAAACCUUCUUAGUCAGAUUCCUACCCAAAAUAGGAGCCAUCUCAUCAGUAUCCUUGACCUAUAUUGCCUUUUAAUUGAAUAGAUUCCACUGCGGGGAACUUCUUCCUUCACAAACCAGCCCAUGCCAUGUGGGAGCUUGAGCUAGGGCUCUGACUACAGUGUGCUUGCACUCUGCACAAAUGGGCACAGGUGGAUUGCAUCUCAUGGAGUUGUGCAGCCCAGAAGCCACUCUACCUGCCAAACACUGAACCUAAGUUUGCCUUCUUACCACAUCUACUCCCUGGUAUUGACACUGUUCCAUGAAAGCAAUGGGACAGUCUUCAGUGGAUGCCCUCCUAUGCAGCUAAGGUGGAUGGACUCUCAGGUUACUACACAGUGUAUUUCCCUUGGCAGCCUCGCUUUUGACAGUUUUAAAGCCAUGUGUAUAAAUAAGCCAAAGGAAUUAAGCAGUCAUUUUGCUAAUUUGAUAACUCAAUAUCUAUUGGAUGGUCAAGUUGGUUUUUAUUUAACUUCCUCAGAUAAACUUCAGAUUCAAACACUAUUUGUUGAGAACGUAGGUCAAAUUAGAUAGUAUAUUAGGUGCUUUCACAUACAUUAUUUUAUUCCUACAGACAAUCAUGUGAGUUAAGAGUUACAUUUUAAGGCUGAGGAAACAUGUUCAGAUUGCAAGAAGCCUCCUUGCCUGAGGUCGCCUAGGCAGGAAUCUCGAGAGCUAGCCAUUGAGUCUUGGUACCUCAGCACCCUUUGCUCUUCUUCCCACCACAGAACAUGGUCUCUGAAUUAAUACCAUCGAUUUGGGAAUAUCCCAAAUAAUCUUUGAAAUACUCCCAUAAUUCCUUAGCUUUUUCCCUUCUGGCUUUGGUUUCCAUUACAUCUGCUCAUUCGAAGUUCUGCAGGCCAAGAAGCCAGAGCCAACGCUGAUGGGAAGCCAGUGCAGAUGGCACACCUGGAUGCUGGGAUGGCGGGAGGAUAGAGUCGCUCUUCCGAGGCUACAGGGAGCAACACCAGACCUUCCUUCCUGUGGAGGAGGGUGAGGAGGCCACAGGUGCUGCUCCAUUGACAGAGGUCUUCCAACUUCGGCUGCUGCUGCCAUUUGUCUAUAUUUGGAUGGCAAAGACUCUGUAUGUCUUGGGGGAGUGGCUUUCUAGCCAAUGGCAUCUGAACCCAGCACCAACAACUUGGAAUAAAAAACACAGACCUAGUCUCAUUUGCUUUUGUUCUCCAGGGCAAGGCUGAAAAGCAGAGUGUGGUGCACUUAGGAUUAAUGAUCUAGUCAGUAAAU